AAUUGGCUCUGCCUUUCCCAGAACAAGGGCUUGUCCGCUGGGCUGUUUGUUGCUUUGACAUCUUGUCCCCAUGGCAGUGCUCAGCUGGCAGGGCUGAUCAGAGAGGCCUAUUCAUUAACUCGGAGCCCGGGCCAGCGCGGCCACGCCGGUGCCGCAGUGGACUGAGCAGCUGCCGGGGCAGGCAGCGAGCAGGCAAAAUGGAUCUCACUCUCCUCUUGGCAGCAAUCCUGGGGCUCCUUAUUGUCAAGGCCGUUUUGUUUCAGCUGAGAAACCCGAGCUGCCCUCCUUGCAUCAGGAGCUGGAUCCCUUGGUUUGGAGCUGCGUUUCAGUUCGGGAAAGCUCCUCUGGAGUUUAUAGAGCAAGCUAGGAACAAGUAUGGACCCGUGUUCACAAUAUUCGCUCUGGGAAAACGAUUUACUUUUGUGACUGAGGAAGAAGGAACUGAAGCAUUUUUUAAAUCUGAAGACUUAAACUUCGAACAGGCAGUACAACAAGCUGUCAAGAAUGCAGUUUCUGUCCCUGCAGAAGCAUUUUAUCAGAAUCACGGUAACCUGUACAGCAUGAUGAAGGGGAAAAUGAGUCCUUCCAAUCUGCACAUGUUCACAGGCACUUUGUGUAAGGAGCUACAUGAGCACAUGGCUCAGCUGGGCACGGAGGGCACAGGCGACCUCAAUGACCUGGUAAGGCAUGUCAUGUAUCCAGCAGUGGUGAACACCUUGUUUGGGAAAGGCAUCUGCCCGACAAGUCAGAGCAAAAUCAAGGAGUUUGAAGAACAUUUUCAGAAGUACGAUGAGGACUUUGAAUACGCUUCUCAGAUGCCUGAGUGCUUCCUGAGGAACUGGUCUAAAUCCAAAAAAUGGCUUCUAAAAUUAUUUGAGAAAGUAGUGUUGGAUGCUGAAAGGACCAACCCUUCAGACACCACAUCCAAGACACUACUGCAACAUCUUCUGGACAACUUGCAAGGAAAACAUUUAGCUCCCAAUUAUGGUCUCCUCAUGCUCUGGGCUGCCCAAGCAAAUGCUGUCCCUGUUGCAUUUUGGACCAUUGCUUUCAUACUGUCUCAUCCUUCCAUUUACAAGAAAGUCAUGGAAGACCUGGCUUCUGUUUUUGGGAAAGCAGGUAAAGAUAAACUGGAAGUCUCUGAAGAGGAUCUGAAGAAGCUCCCAUUUAUUAAAUGGUGCACUUUGGAAGCCAUACGGCUGAGGUCUCCAGGUGCAAUCACCAAGAAAGUAAUAAACCCAAUUAAAAUUAAGAAUUUCACCAUCCCUGCAGGUGACAUGCUGAUGUUGUCGCCCUAUUGGUUGCACCGGAAUCCAAAAUAUUUUCCAGACCCAGAAAUGUUCAAACCUGAUCGUUGGAAAGAGGCAAAUUUAGAGAAGAAUGCUUUCUUGGACAGCUUUGUGGCAUUUGGAGGAGGGAAGCAUCAGUGUCCAGGAAGGUGGUUUGCGAUCAUGGAAAUCCAGUUGUUCGUUGUUCUGUCCCUGUACAAGUAUGAAUUUGUGGCGUUGGAUGCAGUGCCAAGGGAGAGCCCUUUACACUUGGUGGGGACACAGCAACCCCUGGCACCAUUCCGGGUCCAGUAUAAAUGCCGGGAAUAAAAGCUGCCCAGCACUAACCUUCCUUUGCCACACCCCCCCCGAUGGAUGAACCACUGAGCUGUUUCCCUAUCCUACACCUUCAGAUAAGUUCUCUGCCUGAAGAGUUCUUAAUUUCAACUUCCAGUUCUGCACAUACUCAAUAUUCACAUAUUCAAUGCUGAACUGUGCUCUGCCAUACCAGAGUAGUCGUACCUGUGCUCUGCACCUGGUUGCCCACGUCCUAGUGCUUAAAAUCCAAGCUCUCCUGCUGCAUUCAUACUUUGGGGGGCAGUUAUUCACAGAUUUUGCAAAUCUGAUAUGCUAAGCUUGCCAACCAAACAUUCAGGACAAAAAGCUGCAGUGUUUGGAAAUCCUGCGUGGAAGCUGUGCUAGAACCAGCUAGAAUGUGCAGGUUGCUUCAAACCAAGGCCAGAGUGGUGCCUCAUGUUAAGAAAUCAGAUUGGUAACACUGUACAUCUCCCUGGUGUGCACAAUAUCCAGGACAGUCUGAGCAGAGACCACCGGAUCAGAUCCACAGCCUGAUAAAGUAUCAUGACUCCUGUGCCACUGCCUCUGUGGGUAGGUGAAGAUCUGGCCUGCUCUGCCUGCAACAGGUGCCAAAUUUUUGCAAAUAAAAUGCAUUUGUAAUGGAAAAAUUGCAAGCACUUGGGGUCUUGUUCCAUCGGAGCCCCUAAAAUUUCUACGGAGCAUUACCCGUUCCACAGGAUUCAGGAUCGGUCCUUGCAUGAAUAUACGAUGAAAGUUUGACUGGGAUGUCCAGCUCCCAAUAAAAAGUGAUUGCAAGAAAAGACUGGUUGUCUAACACCUAGAACACUUUUGCUUUCCCUUUCACAUGACUUAUAGAACAAAUUGCACAAAUCUAAGAAUAUUCAAUCCUAUAAAGAAUACCUAGUAAAAGUUGUUUGAUGGAGCUGUCAAGUAAGCUCAGAUAACACUUUCACUGCUGUCAGAUUUCAUAUACAAUAAUAGCUGGCAUGUAUUUUUAGUCUUUUAAGUAAAGAUUAUUCAUCAUUUUGAAAGUAUUUGCAAAAAAAAAAAUCCCACACAAAUAGACUUUCAACAACAGUAAAACUAUGGGAAUAACAAGCAUAGGAAAAUAACACAUUGUAUAAUUCAUUACGUGGUUGGCUUACCUUCAUUAUGGAUAGAACAACUUCAGUGAUUUAUAUGGUUGGAAAAUGAUUCAUCCAACUUCUAAUUUAGCUCAUUAUAGUCAACUCUGCAAGAGUUGCGCUCUUAACUGCUGUUUCAGUGUCUCUUCCAAAACUGAAAUCUAUUCCCUUGGUUUUCAUGCAUGGUAUUACUUAGAAGUGUAUAUUUUAAUUUUAAAAUUUGGCAAUCACUGCAAUAUCUGUAAGGCCAGGUGGGACAGGGCUUUGAGCAACCUGGUUUAGUGGAAGGUGUUCCUGCUCAUGGCAUGGGGUUGAAAUCAGAUAAUCUUUUUAAGGUCAUUUCCAACCCAAACCAUUCUGUGAUUCUAUGGUUUUAUGUAUUUUCCAGUUUUGCAAAGUUGGGUUUUUUUCCCAAAUGCGCAUUGCUUUUUAUUUUUCUGUUUAAUUGAUUUUGGGGUUUGGAGGUUGGUGAGGUUUUUUGUGGUUUGUUUUGUUUGGGGUUUUUUUUGGUGCGUGGAUUUUUUUGUUUGUGUUGUUUUGUUUGGUUUUGUCUGUGUGAUGUGGGAUUUUUUUUUUCCCCACGAGAGGUAAAUCAAAAAAGCAAAAUUCUAUAAUGGCAAACUUGACUUUAAAGGUAAAAGGUCCCAAAAAGAAGGUCAACAUCGAAUUGGUUAGAAGGUAUCCCUGUCUAUGGCAAGGGUUUGGAAUGAGAUGAUCUUUGAGGUCCCUUCCAACCCAAACCAUUCUGUGAUUCUGUGAUGAUUUUUCUAUAUAUUUUGCACUCCUUUUGCACAGACCUUUACCUCGAUGUGCCAGAGCAGGGAGCAGGAUGAGGCCAUUGGUGCUGCUUCUGUGAGUGCUGAGUGUUUCUGUCUGAGUUGGCCAGUGGGGCCAUCAUUGCAUACACACGUUUUACACGUGUGUUUGUGUAUGUGCCUGCUGGGAAUCCGUGUGCAGCCUCACUACAGGCUGGGCCCAGAGCUGCAGCAGCCUCACUUCUGUGAGGAUACAGCAUUUAGCAACUCCCUAAGCAGCUGAGAAUCAGACAUGAAAAUAUCUGUCCUGAAAGGCAUGAUUUAUUUUUAUUAGAAAUGUAGGCAUUUGACAGGAAAGAAAUACCUGUUCGUGGCAGAGAAAUACCAAACAAGCAGAAAAGCGGGCUUGGCUCUGGGAUCCCUUCAGUGCCCCGUGGUGGAUGACAGCUCCAGGCACUCACUGUACUUUCCUAGGUGGAAAAAACAAGGGAGAUGGAUUAGUAAAGCAAUGUAGUGGUCAAGUGAUAGAGCUAAAUGAGGUCUUCUGCCUGGAAAUAAUUCAGAAGCUUCUGGGGGAGGGAGAGACUUUCCCAUGGGACAGGGUUAAAUGAGAAUUAAAAGGUCAUCACGAUACCCUAUGCAGGAGUGGAUUAACAGUAUCUAAAUUAUUCUUCUUCAAGUGUUCAUCCAAUCUGCUUUUAAAUACAGCAGUACCGAAAUUCCGUAGGGGAUCUGUCCUCUUACCCUCUCUACUGUUAGAAAGCUGUUCUACGUAUCAGUAGCAGGAGUCAGAAACAGGUUUUAUCCAUGCCAGUACCAAAAGUGUAUGAAGCAGGAGAUUUUUAAGCCCACAGAGGAAAAAAAAAAAUACUGUAUUUUGACUUAUGUUUUUAUUUCUACCUUCUGUAUGAAGCAUGGAUGUUAAAGGGAAUGCAGUGGGACAUCCGUCAAAAAACAUCUUAGAAAAUGCAACUGUUUCUCCUCCAGAUAUACCAUAGGCCGGAUCUACCUGAUAAAUAAUUCCAACAUCUAAGCCAGUGAAACAAUGGUAGGAGUUGUCUUAAAGAGAGAGGAAAUCUAGAAUUAUGAGAAAUGAGCAAUAAAACUGUGUUAAUUCAAAUUUUCUUUAAAAAUUUUUGAAUUUUAUUGUAUAUUAAUGAAAAGUUUCAGGGGAAAAAAAAACCAAGCAAAAAAAAGGGAAACUAUCACAUUGCAGUCAAACCUUUUUUGACACUUUUGAAGAAAGUAUAAAUAUUUGCCCUGAAAUCAUAAAUUUCCCUUGGAAAUAUAAAACUCAUGAAAACAUUUUGAGUUAAAAUUGCUCACCUACUGCAAGUGAAUUUUCUCCAGUCAGUGCAGUGAAAAGAUGACGUGCCAUAUCAGCAACCACCUCCCAGAAUAAUCACAACUUCUUUCAUGUCUUCCCCCUAAUGAGCCUCCCCAAAGGCCCCUUUCAUCUGUACUGAGCAGUCAAGUAUUUCAAGUGGUCUCUUUCUCUUUUCUUUGCCACUGACUGCCACAGAACCCAGAAGUUUAGGCUUAGCACGUAUACCUCCUCGAAAUAGAUGUCUGGGGACUAAAAGAUAGGGCUGUGGCCACUGAGAGGUGAGCUAAAAAUAAUUACUUCCUGCCCAAAAGAAAUUAAUUCUAAGGGCCUCACUCUGUGCUGGGCUUAAGCACCGUGCCAAGCAAAACUCGACUUAAGCAUGUGUUUUGCUUUAAACAAACACUUAAAAUGGAUUUGCAGAAUAAGAAUGGAUUUCAAUUUAAGCACAGGCUUAAGUGCUUUGCUGAGCCAGGGUCCAAAUGCCUCAGUCCCUAACCUGUUGUUUACAGUUAGUCUUGGCAUCUGUGCUGUAAUUUUAAAGCCAUAUGGGGGUUAGUGGAAACACUGAGGUGGCUUUGCUCAUUUUAGGUGAAACUGGCAAACAUUAAAAGAUUUUAGGAAGCAUUUAUAGCACAAACCAGUGGGCUUUGUGGACAGCAAGCAUCUUUCCCAGUUAUUUGGUAUAUUCUAAAUGUGUGGCUCAUCAUAUGGCAGAAAAAUAUUUCCUCUCAGCCAGUAUGUGGUGGAAGGGGAAUUAGACACAAGAAAGGCAUUUGAAAGAUAGCAAGCACUUAAUUGCAACAACCAAGGCGAGUCUUUCAUCAUGUGGCCAUUCUGAAUGACAUUGGACAUGCAGCUGAUUGUCACGGCGUUAUUUGUUUUCUUCACUUUGAUCAUAAAAUUACCAGGAAAGGCUUAAUGGAGUUAUAAAUAUCUUGUUUCCAUGAGAGUCCUGGGAGGAUAAUUAUAGCACUGAAGUCUUUACAAAGAUAGAGCAUUUAUAAAAUGAUAUUAUCUGAGGACUCCAAUGCAUAAGGCAGGGAAUUCUGCCCUCUAUUCCCAACUCUUCUGUUGACUCACUGGGCUCUUUGGGUGAGUCACUUCAUCCCUCAGUUUCCUCACCUAUACACUGGGGUAAUAAUGAAAAUUACCCACUGCUGCAAAGCCUCUAUGGCUUAAAAGUUGUAAGUAUUGCUCCCACUCAUCAGAGCACUCAAGCCUGGUUAUGGGUAGCAAUGGGUGUCUGGAAGGAUUGGAUAAGAUAUGUGCUUUCCUGAGAUGUGCUCCUUGUAAAUUACAUUACUUGUGGAGUUACAGUCAAAGUAUUCAGGGGAAAUAUUUUGAAUCUCUUAAUUCAUACAUUUUAAGAGGAUGAUGAACAAGCUGUACCCUCCAGUCUUUAGAAAUACUUUGUUUUUAAUGCAAGGCUUGGAAUUUAAAGACUAUGGGAAGGUUUGUUGUUGAGUAAAAAUACAAUGUCCUUUCAUAAAACCAACCCCUGCAGAGGAGCAUAACCUAGAAUGUUGAGUAGAAACCACCUGUGAGUAGGAACUACACCCAUACUCUGACUUCCCUAAGCUGCACCAGGCUUUCACUGCUUUAGAAACUUCAUACAUCAUCUUUCCAAGUGUGCAGCUUUGAAAAAGGCAAGUGAGGAAGGAGUGAUGGCAAAUGAGCAAACAAUUGGGCCCAAGGCCCAGUGGGAUACUAUGCCUGAGGGGGAAAACAUGGAUUUUGGAUAUGAAAACAAAAACUUCAGUGUUGGAGAGGAGAUACUACAUCCCCAUUGAUAGCACUGUAACUGCCCUGGCUGUGAUUCCAAAUGGCUGCUGAUAAAUUUGAGAGAGAUCAGAGCUGAAUCAGAAAGUUGAUGGAAAUGUUGCUAAGCCUGCCCAGCUUUGGAGGCCAUCUGGUGAGCUUAAGAAAGGGAAUGCUCAGAAGUGACUUGAGCACAGCCUGAGGACACCCAAGUUCAAUAAUGGAUGGGCCUUUGCAGCUUGCUGUGCCUUUUUGCAGUGAACUGAAGUGAAAAUGAGCAGGUUCCCACCUGAAAUGAGGUAAAAAUGCAGGUCAGGAAAUUGAAUUGUUUUACCAAGCACUGAAAUUACAUUUCUAAAUUAAUAGUCCUGACAACAAAAUUGCCUUUUUUUUCCUGAAACAGAAGCUUUUGAUCUGGGGUGUGUGCACUCCUGGGGCGGAGAGAGGAGAGAAAGGCAUCCUGAUUACUUUUCAGGAAUCUACAAAACAUAAAUCAGGAAAGUCUGAAGACCUAAAUUCUCUGUACGGGCAUUCUGCUUCCAUAAAGCACCUUUUAGGUAGUCUACAAAGGCAGGAAACAUCUCUUUUCUGAGGGUGUAAUACUCAGAUCAAGUAAUCACAGCUGGGCAGAGAAGCCUAAAUCUAAGGAGGAUCAUUUUCUUUACAAAGCGUAAUUAGGGAAUGGAAAGACUUGGCAUUCCCUUUUUCCUGGAUCCUUGCUCAGAGACAAUAACCAGUGAUUUCUGUGAAGAUCUGACCCAAAUUAAGAGCCAAGUGAGGCUCUGUGGGGUGUAGUCUCUCAACGCUACAUGCCCAAACUCUUCUAGCUGUGGAGUCUUGCACUGGUAAAGAGUGAUCCAAGCUAAAGAUGGGCUCUGUCACACUUUCUCAUGUCAAAGGUCUCAAUUGUACACUUAACUCUUUCAAAUUAAACACAAAAGUUUCACUGGGUUCAUAGUGUUGGUCUUUGUUACUGUUGACACAGAUCCAGAGGCAAUUUCAAGGCACUGGCCUCUUAUCUGGCCUUUAUUCUGAAAACCAUCAUUGCUCAGAAAAAGCAUCAUGUGUGUCCUGUUUGCUUGAUACCAGAAGAAGAUCAAGGGCCUUCCAGUAUCACGACAUGGCUCCCCAAGUGUGAUUCCCAGGUUAAAAUUAAUAGACGAGCAGUGCAAGAAACUUAGAGUUCUGCUUUUUAAGUAAUUCAUUACAGCUGAAGAUACUGCCUUUGAUGCUCUUCUGUCCAAAUCUUGGUAUUAUCAUUUACUAUUUUAAGCUUGUUUAUAGAACUGGAAUAAUACACAGAUAAAAAAGGAUGAUUACAAGGGUGUUUUCAGGCAUUAAAGCUGAGGUUUGAAGUUCCUUUUUCUGAAAAAAUAAACCAAAGAAUGUUUUACUAUCUGAAAACCUGGCAACUGGUCUUUGCUUUCUUUGCUUACCACAAACUGAAACCAAGCACCCCUCUGUUAAAAGCCGGUUUCGUCGCAAUGAUCUGGUUUUUCCUUAAAAUAAUAAAAAGGCCCAAAUCAGCAAUAGUCUGUCCUUUGGGUGUUAAGGAACAUAUUCAACUGAGCUUUUCUUACAGACUCUGGCCUUGCAGCCUGGUUCAGAGGUUUUGUGGACAUGCACAAUUUGCACAUGCAUGGGUGUGUAGGAAAUGAGUUCUCUACAGACCCACAAGCCACAAGUGAUUGUUGCAAUCACUAAAACAUCUGCCCUGAGCUGCCACACCUGCCAGCAUGGAUCUGCACCUGACAAGGUACAUUUAUCCCUCCACAUGGAGACAUGCCUGUGUUGCCAUCUUUGUGCAGGGGUCGAAGGUGGAAGCUGGGCAAAACGUGGGAGCUUGGGCUGUCCCACCUUCUGGACUCUGAGUAUCUCAGAGCCUGGGAUUGUGCUGUGCCACUGGAUGUCUUGGUGGGCUGCCUGUCUGAACAGGACAUCUCUAGCACAAGCUCCUUCUGCAGAUUUACAUAAUGAAUUCAUGGCACAGCGGUUUCUUCCCAAGGUGGCAGCCCAAGGGCACAAACUAGACUAAAGGCCAUGUUUCGUCUUCCCUUUCCCUUUCCCUUCCCACUUCCAUUUACUGUACCUGUCCUCCUUGGGAACUUCACUAGUGCCCUUUUUCCUCCCUUCCCAGCUCAGCUUACAUUUUGCUUCAGGAUUUUCAGAUAACCAAAUAUCUAAAAAGCUUAAAGCUGGAGUGCAGCACUGCAAGGCUAAGCCUGGUAGAUCAGUCCCUGGGUAGGCCAAAAUGCCAGGAUGGACCUAGCUACUUCUUUAGGAGUCCUAUCACCCUGCUGAGAGAGCAGGAGGAAGGGGUAGAGUCUUCCAUCUGGUUGAUGUGGAAGAAGGACACUCUUCAGAGGUUGCUCUGCCACAGUAACUCAGUGCUGUGGGAGCUGUGACUGCCCAAAAAUAUCUGUGUCACCAGGCCCGUCUACAUUUUGCCAUCUCCAGUGUUCACCUUGCACAAGGGCUGGCAGAACAAGGGCACUGGCACCAUCCAGGGGCCACCUGUCAAUCACUGAUGUGAUUUCUAGAAGAUCGGGGCUAUGAUAUAUAAAAAUAAUAAAAUAAGCAUAAACCCAGAUAAAGUGUGUAAGCAAAACAUAUCUUAAUAGAAGUGUUGAAGAAGUAAAUUUUUACUUCUAGGCAUAAUUCAGGCUCAAAAAUACAGUCUCAAUUGUUACUUAUCUGCUUGAGCUGGUUAUUUUCUAUUAACUGGAUGUGUAUGUGGUGCCAUGUGCUGACUAAUAACUCAUCAUUCACAGCCCUCUGCUUCCCAUGAUACUCCCAUUAUGCCUUCAAUAGUCACCUAAAAGUGUCAGAAUAAUGAAUGAAAAUUUCAGCAACAAAGAAAAACAUAAAAAGCCUCAAGAUUAUGGAUCACACUUGAAGAGAUUGAAACACAUAAAUUGUUUUUAUAUGAUCUCUCAAUAUAAAUGAAGCUCCUUAAAAUGACAUUUUGGAAAGCCUUUCUGUGUCAAUCUCUGUAAUUGUGGAUAAAGAUUAAUAAAAGGCAAAGAAAUCUACUACAGUGGACUUCUCCAUCAAACCUGUCUAGCUCUGCUUCAGAACGAGGGCUCCAAAAUUCUAUUUCUUAACAAUUAAUAAACAAUAAUUACCACA